UUCCGCAAAGAUUUCUCAUCCCUCACUUUACAUUAUACUAUUAAAAAAAAAUUAAGUAUAAAUUUUGGACAAGCUUUUUUCUAAAAUGCAAGGUGCUCAUCUCCUUUUGUCCUCUGUCAUCUUGGCUUUGGCCUGCUCCUUUGCCUCUGCCUCGGAUCCCGACCCUGUUCAGGACUUCUGUGUGGCCUUAAACGACACCAAAACCGGUGGCUUGUUUGUGAAUGGAAAGUUCUGCAAGGACCCCAAGCUUGCCGACGCAGGGGAUUUCUUCUUCUCUGGGCUGGAUAAGCCCGGGAACACAUCGAAUCCAGUUGGGUCGAAAGUGACUCCGGUGGCUGUAAACGAAAUUCCAGGGCUUAACACUUUGGGAAUCUCCCUCGCUCGCAUUGACUUUUUACCGUACGGUCUAAACCCUCCACACACUCAUCCCCGAGCUACCGAAAUCCUAGUAGUCGUAGAGGGAACAUUGGAGGUUGGUUUUGUAACAUCCAACCAACAAGAUGGAAGCAACAAACUGUUCACUAAAAUCCUCAACAAAGGAGACGUGUUUGUGUUCCCAGUUGGUCUCAUUCAUUUCCAGUUCAACAGGGGACAUUACAAUGCUCUUGCUUUUGCUGGUCUGAGCAGCCAAAACCCCGGAGUUAUCACUAUUGCUAACGCUGUGUUUGGAUCAGACCCUCAUAUCAAUCCUGAUGUUCUCACCAAGGCUUUCCAAGUUGAUAAGAAUAUUAUUGACUAUCUCCAGAAGCAGUUCUGGUCUGAUAACAGUUAGACCCUUCUUAUAUAAUAUUAAGCAACCAUGGAUUAAUUCAUUAUACUUAUGCACUUUUCUCAUUUUUUAAUAAGGUUUGCUAUGCAUCUUGCAGUCAUUGCAAUAACAGUAUGAUUUAUAAAUAAAAGUAGAAGGGUCGACCGAUGGAUGCCUUUUUCUAAUUGUUUUGGGUAUUACUAUAUAUAUAUAUAUAAUAUUGUUCUAAUUAUGUCUUAA